UGGCGGCAACAGCUUUCAUAGCGUCCCACGAUGCUGGCAAUCCAUCAAUCCGCUUUAGAACUGCUGAAUGGGACACUAUUUCAUGCUUUCAUACAAUUAUCACUCAUGACAGAUACAGAUAUUGAUGAUAUUAAAGGAUCUGUUUCCAUGGUUACUACGAAAAAGAGUGCGAUGCUGUCUAUACGCUGUGUAUGAGAAACCUAUUCAUAUUCCUGCGCAGAUUGCGGGCCGUUAGCUACCUCAGUGCGCUGGCUCAGGAAUGCUAGUGAAGUGAUAUUGUGUGGGCGCGGGACCUUGGAUUUCUCAUAGUUUAAAAUUUACACGGCACGUUUGAGCUUAUACUGAGAACUGAUACUUUCCGUUUGUUCUGUUUUGUGUGAAUGGUGCAACAUAUUCCUUUACUGCGGAUUUUGUGUGAUUAAACAGAUAUCCUACUUCGUGCGUACGCUCCGGGUUGAGAUCAGUCAACUGAUAAGGAAACAUCUUGAAAUAUGGGUUUCAACACGGCGUCUGUGUGGUUGAAAGUGUCGGUGGUAUGUCUUGCUCUAGCUACCCUCGUGUUUGUAAUCGGUUUCGCCACCGUGAGUUGGAUGUCGUAUGGCGGCGCCUAUGGGUCGAGCGACUACGGCCUGUGGCGGCACUCCGGAUGUGACCGCUCUCGGUGCUGGUCGUAUAAGAUCUCGGGUUAUUGGCUCGACGUACAGGGAUGGGAGGACUGGUACCAAGCGACGCGGGCGUUCGAGUGUGUUGGGCUGAUCUGCCUGGGUCUCGCCCUACUUAUCACCUUCCUGUUUGUGUUCGUCGACCGCUGCAAGAAGCGCUCCGCCCUCAUCGCGACCAUCGUCUUCACCUUCGCCGCAGUGUUGGCGAUGGUCAUCGGGUUCCUCAUAUUCGCUCUCAAGUUUGACGACGUGCACGCGGCAUACGGGGUCGGCUGGUCCAUGGGACUGGCCAUCGCUGGCGCCAUCCUAGCGUUCAUCGCCGGCGUCUUCCUCGUCAUCGAGCUAAAGAAAUAGACCGUCGGCGUAUACUGUGCCCAGGGAGGGUGGCGCGAGUUUGAAGUGAUCAAUAGUUUUAAUAUCGUUAAUAAAUUUCAUGCAUCAUGUAAUGUAUAUCAUUUUUAUACACGCAUUUGUGUCUAGUAACUCGAAAGUUUGGCUGAAUGAAGUAAAAUGUUCGCUUAUUUUGGUCCCUUGUUGUAGAUCAGCAGCAGUGAUACAUAUUUAUAAGCUGAAUGGAAAAAACGACGUAUUUUUUGUAUCUCAUGAAAACACCUGAUCAAGUCGCAAUGUGAAACGAAAUCUACCAAGUGUGGCACACGAACGGAUGCCCCGCUGUGGAAGGACGCUUUGGAAGGACGCUUAACAUACCAUAACAUGUAACGAGAUCUACCAACAGUGACUCGUAUGUCAAAAAAGCUACUAUCUACGACAUCCGAUAUUUACAGACCGGAUAUGAUAAAACUAAUGCUGAAAACACGUAACUUGCCUGUUUGCACGUUGAGGAAAUAUUCUCGGAAUGAGCAACCGACAUUUACUUCAAAAGUACUUACUUCGUUAAGUUGGAAAUAUACCAGUGCAAAUUUACGGGAUGAUAAGAAAUUUGUUUGAUAGUAAACAGUUCAAAAUUAUUACUCAAAAAGAAACAAAGUUUAAAAUAGUAACGUGGCAUUCUUGCAUCAAAGGAAACAAUAUAACAUGGACAAAAUUUAGACAUUUUAUACGGGUUUCCAGGAUAGAAAUUAUAUUUGCAUAAUUGUGUCUGUAGAACACAUUACUCAUUUUUCGUUACCAUGGUUAUGUUAUCAUUUGCAAAUGUUUGAUGUUUACCGAUUAUAUUUUCUAUAAUAUUUUUUUAUUGCUGUUUAUGUAGAUAAUAUGUAUGUUUUAAAUACUCGUAUUAAGUGCUUUACUAUGCCACGCGUUGCAAAUACAUGUGCUUAUUUCUACAAGGGGGCCUUUGAGUCAGUCUCAUCAAAUAUCCUGGGAAUUAUAUGAAACGUCUUCUGAAAUAUGGGACUGGCGUUUGCCAAUGUUCAUGUAUGUUCUGCUUUCACAGCAAGUUAAUAAACAUAGAUCCACAGGCAGUAACCCACUUGUUAACAGGUAAAGAAAAAGUAGCAAUAUUUUCCUAGGCAUGGCGGGGAAACAAGCGCUCCAUUUCCAUCAUAGCGUAUGUAUUUUGCAACGAUACUGCAUACUUACCGUGCCAACUUACUGAUGUAUACAGACUUCCAGCAGUGUGCCUCAAUAAUUAUCGUUAAUGUUUUGUAAUACGAUAUAUACUGUAUAAACUAGUGCUAUAUGUAUGCUAGAGUUGCAACUAUUUCAUAGUUAAGACAUAUUUUUCAUUGCUUGGAAUUUCUGGUACAUGUUUUGGCAGAUUGAUUUUUGAUUUGUUUUGUGUUUAUCAUUCGAACCGUCUGCUUCUAUACAACAAUCUUGCCAUUUUUAUACUCAUUUGAUUCAGGUGAUUACUAUAUGUCUAUUAGAAUUAAUGUCCAUUGUAGUCGUAGGUUUUUACUGAACCUUUUAGUGUUUGUUUGUUUUCCUUUUGUUUUUGUUUUCUUUUUAGCUCCUUUUAAAACUCGAGGUUUUGUCGUAUUCUCGGUAUCGUCUCCGUCGGCGAGAAACUUACCAUAGGUAUAUAAGGGUUAUGAAACUUGGUACAUUAUUUACUGGUUAUCAUCGGUAGCAGACCCAUACCUCUAUCUUGUUAAGUUAUGCUCCGUCUGUCAACACAACUGUAAAGAACGGACGAGCGUUGACGUCCGCUGGUGGUCCUCUUGUUUAACAAGUGCUGCGCGUGUCGUUUGUGAGUUUUGUUUCUGUAAAAACUGAACCUGCAUUUAACAUUAAUUAAUAAACUUGUAAACUCUGA